CGUCCUGCGGGCACACUGCUGGCUCAACAAGAAACUCUAAAAAUAAACAAAUACAAAAAUCUGGUGGAAAAUGCACGAAAUAUUGUCAUCGCUGGACGGCCUCUUCCUGGGCCUACCCGGUCACUAUUCGAUCGCCCUGACCACUCUCUUACUCUGCGUUUUGGUGGCCUUUUAUUUUGCAAAUUUCUUCAAGGAUAACAACCACAACCAAACACAUUUGUACGUCACGAAGGAGCUGGAGGACGAGGGACUGGGCCCCGAUGAAAUGCAUGACGAAGACGAUUCCGAGCUGAGGGCGCAUCUGGAGGACGAGGAUGAUGAUGAACUGGAUUUGGAUGACGACGAGGCCUUCGAGGAGCGUACAAGUGAUAGCGACACGGAGCUCAUCGAGGAUCAUCGGCCCAGCCAGGACUACAGUCAUCUCAUGGGAAAGUUCAAGACCAAACACAUGCAGAACAAUGUCGAGAAGACCCUUACAGCCGACCAGAUCAUGGAGGAGCGUCGCAUUGAGAGGGAGCAGCUGGCGGCCAUUUUUGAAAUGCUGCGCAAGCAAGAGGCCGAACUGAAUCUCAAAGAUCGCAUCAGCGACCAGGAUCUCGACGAACAAGUGCGCCUGUAUCGCUAAGCCCAGUGGAGGGGAAUGCUCAGCUUACCUGAAAGUAGAAACUUGUGUGAUCUAUGUUUGAAAGUAUCCUUGUUUUAUUUUAGUCGGUCGACUUAAAGUAUUCUUAGAUUAACUAUACAUAUUAGUUGCCAAACACGUUCCUUAGUUAUUAAUAGAUGAUGUGUAUGUAUUUAUGUAUCUGUAAUUGCAUUACCAAAAUUAUUUGUUGGAUAAAGAAUGGAAUUAUGUUCAA